AUGCUGUUAAGACGUUUUACACGUUCCCUAUGGAACACUUCAAGGUUCGAGAAAAGGUUCUUGGUGUCAGAACCAGCUAAACCUGAACCCGAUCUGUUAGAUGGCGUUGAACCUGUACAGGCCGAAGCUCUAGAUAAGGAUAUAUGUCUUUUAGUUGAUGAAAAAGAUAAUAUUAUAGGAACAGCUCCAAAAAAGGACUGCCACAAGGUCGGGCCAGAUGGCAGUAUAUUAUUACAUAGAGCUUUUAGCCUGUUUCUAUUCAACAAAAGAGGAGACAUGUUCUUACAAAGGAGAUCAAGUCAAAAAGUAACAUAUCCAGAUUACUAUACAAAUGCCUGCUGCAGUCAUCCCCUCUUAAUUGAUGGCAAACCUGAGGACAUUAUAACGGCAGCCAGGCGUAGAGUGAAUUUUGAACUCGGCAUACCAAUGGAACAGUUGGAUCCCGAACUGUUCACGUUACUGACGCGUGUUCAUUACCACGACCCUGGUGAUGGCGUCUGGGGUGAACACGAAAUUGAUUACAUACUGUUCCUGCAAGCUGAUGUUAAAGUUAAACCAAAUCCUAACGAGAUAUCUGAGUACUGUUACGUGCCCAAGAACGAAUUCAAUGCCUUCCUGCCAACACUAGAAGGUCCGAUCACGCCAUGGUUGAACAUGGUCCGUCGACACCGGUUGAAACUAUGGUGGGACAAUCUUCAUCGCCUCAAGGAAUUGGCCGAACCUGAUAAAAUACAUAAAUUCCUUAACGAAAAAUAA